AUGUCAGGUUCAUGGAAACUUUAUACGAGUUCCGCCAAACAAAUCAAUGUGAUGGGUUCACCUUGGCCGUUUGCUGCUUGGGGCAUGGAUGUUAUUGGGCCCAUAGAGACUUUUGCGUCCAAUGGACACCGUUUAAUCGAUUACUUCACAAAGUGGGUUGAGGCCUCGACGCAUAAGGCCAUAACCAAAAAGGUGGUAGUAGAUUUUGUUCGCAACAACUUAGUCUGCCGUUUUGGAAUUCCAGAAUCAGUCAUAACAGAUAAUGGAGCCAAUCUUAAUAGCGACCUGAGGAGAGAGAUUUGUGAAAGGUUUAAGAUCUCUCAUCAAAAUUCCACGGCGUAUCGACCACAAAUGAAUGGAGCAGUUGAAGCUGCAAACAAGAAUAUCAAGAGGAUUUUGAGGAAGAUAGUGGAUGGUAAUAGGGAAUGGCAUGAGAAGUUGACAUAUGCUUUACUUGGAUAUCGCACCACAAUCAAAACUUCUACUGGGGAAACUCCCUACAUGUUGGUUUAUGGGUCGGAAGUAGUGAUACCUGCAGAAGUAGAGAUACCUUUAUUAAGAGUCAUUCAGGAGGUUGGACUAGACGAUGCUGAAUGGAUUCAUAGCAGGAUCGAUCAGUUGAUGCUCAUUGACGAGAAGAGAUUGGAUGCAGUCUGUCAUGGUCAACUCUAUCAAAAUAGAAUUAUCAAGGCGUUCAAUAAGAAAGUCAAGCCUCAUCGAUUCACACCGGGAAAGUUAGUAUUGAAAAAGAUAUUCCCUCACCAAGGUGAAGCCAAAGAAAAAUUUCGGCCAAAUUGGCAAGGUCCUUACAAAGUUCACCGAGUACUCUUAGGAGGAGUAGUAAUCCUCGCAGAAAUGGAUGGCACAAUAAGCACGAAGCCGAUCAAAUACGACGCCAUCAAAAAGUUCUACAUUUGA